AUGAGGAGGAAUGUGAAGGAAGAUAGCUGCUUCCGCACUCCCAUGGGGCAUGUGCAGAAAAGUAACCUGCCUAUGCAAGGUAGCUCAAACCAGAAUAGGGAGGGCAGGUCACAAACCAAACGGGCCCCUCCCGAGAGUGCUCAGCAGCACUUCCGGAACAUCUGCCACAACCAAGUACCUGGACCACUAGAUGCUGCCAGGAAGCUCCACGAACUAUGCUUUCAGUGGCUGAUGCCAGAGACCAACUUCGAAGAUCAGAUCCUGGAUUCUCUCGUGCUGGAGCAGUUCCUGAGCAUUCUGCCCCAGGGAGUGAGGAACUGGAUGCAAAAGCAUCACCCGGGAGAUGUCAAACAGACUGUGAGUCUGGUGGAAAGCUUGCAGAAGGAGCCUGAUGCAGUCCCCGACAAGGACUUGUUGACAUUUGACGAUAUCGACAUGCAUUUUUCUGAGACGGAAUGGCGUUUACUGGAUCCUUCUCAGAAGACACUGUACAGUGAGGAAAUGCUGAACAUCUACAAGAUGGCUGCCUCUCUAGGCCACACUGUUUUGAAUAAGUUUUACACAGAGUAUGAAGUUGAAUUUGAGGCUGAAUGUUUUAACUAUAGGUGUAGCACAAAUAAUAGGAAUCCAGAGACAGAAAUUGGGGUUCCACCUGAAGGGUUAAAGCCAGAAAAUGGCAAGGGAAACAAUCAGCCUGAAUCUGCCUCUACAUCAGAAAUAGAAGCAAAGCCAUCUAAAGUUUCAAACACCAGGAAGAAAGCUGCCCAGAAAAAAAACAGCAGAAAAAGCCGUGCAGACACACUCAGGGCACAGAAACGUGGUCAGGCUCAUCCCAGGAGGGGAACAGUGUCAGCUUCAGGUUGUAAAAAACAGGUUCCAAAACGUCAUCAAUGUCAGGAGUGUAAGAAAUGCUUCAGAGUUCCUGCUGAGCUUGUUAGGCACCAUAGAGUUCACACCAGAGAGAAGCCUUUUCCUUGUCAAGAGUGUGACCGGAGGUUCCGGUGGAUGUCAGAUCUGACAAUGCAUUCCCGGACACACAAAUGAAUAAAAUUAUAUAUGUGCUCCUGGUGCCAGAAGAGCUUUUCUCUCAACACAAACUUACAUAAACACCAAAGAAUUCAUACAGGAGAGAAACCCUAUAAGUGUCUGAAAUGUGAGAGAGCAUUUACUCAGAAACGUAGCCUGGUUAAACACCAGGUAGUCCACACUAAAGAGAAGCCCUAUUCGUGUAGCCUGUGUGAGACAAAGUUUAGCCGACAGUCCAGCUUCCUCAGACACAAGAAGACACGUUGUCAGGCAACAUGGCCAGGUGGAGGACAGUCAGUGACAGAUUGUAGAGAUUCCCAUGAUAAGAAUCUGUUACCAAAGAAGAUUGGGGAGAGGUAUGAUUUGCGUCCCAGAAAGAAAUCCACACUGUUCCCCACUCUUAACACUUAG